AUGAGGAGUCGCUGCACGGAGGCUUCGCCAGGUGUCUCCCCUCCAGAACGGCCUCCCUUCAGGGGCGUUGGAUGCGUGCGUCGCUUUGCGCCUUUUUCCGAUCUGCCAGAAGCCGCGAGACCUUCGCUGUUGGGAGUCUUCGUGGACAGGGAGGAGGCAGCGGCUGCCGCGGCAGCUGCUGAGGCACCCAUCUCCGCGGCGACUUCUGCGGCUGCGACGCUCGCGCGCGAGGCAGCAGGAGGCUUGCUGCGACUGUGGGGGAUUUCUCCCUGGAGGCACUCCCGACGACAAGACACUGAGGCGCUUCCAGGGUCUGGAGGCAUUGUGGUCUGCAGCAGCGACGCGCUGCUGCGCUGCAGCGCUAUUACCGGAGUUUGUUGCAGCAGAAUUUCCCUUCCCGCUACGGCCUGCUGCUGCUGCUUCGCUUCUAGAACUGCUCUUAAGGGUCCUGUUGUCGCCUUCGGAUGCGUAGAUGGUUGCGUCCAUGUCUUUUCGGGAAGAACGCUGCGGCUCCUCGCUACGCUGACCCCCCCGCCACCUACCUUGCUUGCCACAGCCUCUUGCACGCAGCACAAUAGCGGCAGAAGGCUUGCCAGCUCAGAGGCAGUAGGAGCAAGGCGCCCCUUUCCUCAAAUUCCGACGCAUGUGCUGCUGGUUGGCAACAACGCGCUGCUCGCUGGCCUCGAGGAAGGGCGCUGCGUUGCCUUUUUCCUCGAGAAUAACAAAGUCGCUGUGGUGUAUGAGCCGCCUAGCGCCGUCCGCUGCUUCCUGCUGCAGCAUCCUUACACGCAGCAGGGCAGUCGAGAGGGGUGUCUGCUGCAGCGCAAUCCUCUCGGCCUUAAGCGAGCUGCGUCGCACAAGUGGAGCACAGACGCUGAAGAAUUCGGCUCGCAGAGACAUGACGAGGGGAGUCUCAGCAGCACAGCCACGGCUAGCGGCCACUCGGCACGACAGCUGCCCGUGUGCUGCUUGUAUUCUGCUCCAACAGAGCGCCUCGUGGUAGUGGCUGUACACCCGGAAGGCUGGUCAGCGAUACCGUUGCAAAGAGGCUGCAGCAAGGCCUCCAGCAGCACCCCUUUGGCGUUGUUGAAGCAGCAUUCUUGGCAUCAAUUCGCACAUGCCAUCUACAAGCGAACAUCCCUGCAGGGUGCUGCUGCUGCUGCGACUGGAGCCGGUGCAACCCAGGGGCCAGAUACCUGCUCCACGGCUGCCUCUGUGCCACCACCCCUACAAGGACGCCGAGCAGCGAGAUGUGCUGCGUCUUCAUGGCCGUUGCUUGUGUUUCAGCAGCACUCGGGUGUCUGUGCAGGCACAUUAUGGGGAGUCUCAUCCCGAGUGCUUGCGAUAGGCCUUGGCUUGCCCGAGAAGGCGUCGCAGCAGCAGAAAGAGCGGCAACAUCAGUCGCAGCAGCAGCAGCUGUGCUGCAUUGCGAUAACAGCGACGGAUAUCCUGUACUGGAGGCAACAGGGAGCCUCACGCAGCAGACGAGCGCUGCGGAUGCCUUGCAGCGAAAGCAAGGCUGCAUUUCCGAUGGAGCAUGCUACAGCGCCGUCCGUUCAUCUAGAUGGAGAUUCUGCAGCAGCAGCAGCAGCAGCACACCUCGAGCAGCAACAGGGGACGCAUGCGCGUCGGAAGGGGGAUGCCACGGAGUGCCCCUCGUUCCUCUGCGGCUCUCAGGCUAUUCCUUGCCAGCUCGCUGCCGCAACGCCAGCAGCAGCAGCAGCGGCAGCAGCGGGAGGCUGCGUGGAGGGAGUGUGGUGGUCCCUCUCAGCUGUUUUGCAGUUUCCACUCGGCAUUGCACCUCCGCUGGAACAGGCUCAAGAUGCAUACACCAUGGAAGACGCAACCCUUGACUGGACAGGGCGCCUCAUGGUAAUUCUGCCGCGGGGUAGCAGCAGCUGCUGCGUGCUGUCGUGGGAAGUGAGGGACGGUGGACUCGCAGUGGUUCCUCUGCGCUUGCUACAGGUGAGGAUAUACGCAGCCGAAGAGGGGCACGCUCAGUUGGCAGGGGGCAAAUAA